AUGGCUAUAGGAAAGAAUCACACCAGCAUGACCAAAUUCAUCCUUCUGGGACUUUCAGAUCAACCUCAGAUGAAGAUGUUCUUGUUUGUUUUAUUUCUGUGUUUCUACCUCCUGACCUUAACCUGGAAUCUGAGCCUCAUUGUUCUGAUCAGGUUGGACUCACACUUACACACACCCAUGUACUUUUUCCUUAGCAACCUAUCCUUCGUCGACAUUUGUUAUGUGUCCUCCACGAUCCCUAACAUGCUCUUUAAUAUCAUCACUGAGCAGAAAACGAUUUCCUUUAUUGGUUGUGCCAUACAGUACUUUGUCUUUUGUGGAAUGGGCCUGACUGAGUGCUUUCUCUUGUCAGCCAUGGCCUAUGACCGGUAUGCGGCCAUCUGCAAACCAUUGCUCUACACGACCCUCAUAUCACACACACUCUGUUUAAAGAUGCUGUUUGGAGCCUACGUGGGUGGGUUCCUUAGUUCUUUUAUUGAAACCUUCUCUGUUUAUUAUCAUGAUUUCUGUGGGCCCAACAGGAUCAACCACUACUUCUGUGAUCUUCAUCCAGUCCUGAUUCUGUCAUGCUCUGAUACCUUCAUCAGUCAGGUGAUGAACUUCCUUGUGGACGUUGUUGUAGGAAUGAUAUCUGCCCUUGUGAUCCUCAUCUCCUAUGGGUUUAUUGUGACUGCUGUCCUGAAGAUCAAAUCUGCUGAUAGCAGGAGCAAGGCCUUCAGCACCUGUACCUCUCACCUCACUGCUGUGACACUCUUCUAUGGUUCUGGGCUCUUCAUGUACAUGCGACCUAAUUCCACUGCCUCCCUAAAUCGGGACAAGGUGGCAUCCUUAUUUUAUGCGCUGAUUAUCCCUAUGAUGAAUCCUCUUAUUUACAGUCUGAGGAAUAAGGAGAUUAAAAAUGCCAUAAGGAAAAUGAUGGCAAGGGAUCAUAUGCUUUCUCAUGGACGUUUGUUUUUCUGA